GCGGGGAAGGGGCGGGGACGCGACGCGACGCGACGCGACGGGAGGGGCGCGCGCGGCAGCGGCCGUCGGUCAACCGCCGCCCGGUGCGUCUCCAUGGCCGGGGGCCCGUGAGGAGGAGCGGUGGCUUUGGCCACAAGAAGAACGAUCUCCUUCCAAGGCUGUUGGAAUGCAGACCCCUGUUAAUAACAUUAAUGAACCAAAAUCAGAGUGCUAAGCAUGGUUUCCCCCAUGUUGUAUGGUGGCAAGUUUCAAAGCUUGUUUGGAACAGCAGAGUCAUCAAUAUGUUCAAGACAUAUAUUUGAAAGGUGGUGAACUAGUGGAAGAGUUGCAACUUUUUGAAGAUACAAACCUUGCCAUACUUUUCUUGUUGCAUAUCUGGAAAGUAAUAAAGGAAACCUCAGCCACACUUCAUCAAAAUGCAGCGGAGUCUAUUACAUACUGCAUCUCAGCUGGCGCAUGGGACUUGUUUGGUUUUUCCUCGCACUAGUACCUUUCAGUGCUUAAAAGGACAAUCAGUGUUGUCUAAUGUUGGAUGCAAAGUGAUUUUAGCACUGGACCCUCCUAAACGAUGUCUUCAUGCAGGUGCAGCACACUUUGCCUCAAAGAAAAGCGCUUUUUCAUCACAGCCAGCAGACACUCCUCACAAAGUAUCAGAAGAGAGAAAUCCUUUAACUUCGGCCACUGAUACACCCAAGCAGAGCCCUGUAGAGUCAGAUUCUUCAGAUCCUGAUCCGUUACAAGACAAAUCAAUUAGUCUCGUUCAGAGAUUCAAGAAAACUUUUAAACAGUAUGGAAAAGUCAUGAUUCCAGUGCAUCUUCUGACUUCCACUGUAUGGUUUGGAUCCUUUUACUAUGCAGCCAUGAAAGGCGUGAAUGUUGUUCCAUUCCUGGAGUUGAUUGGCUUACCAGAGAGCAUAGUAAACAUCCUGAAAAAUUCCCAGAGUGGAAAUGCACUAACUGCAUAUGCAUUGUAUAAAAUUGCAACUCCUGCCAGAUACACUGUGACUUUGGGAGGAACAUCCAUCACUGUUAAAUAUCUACGUAAGAAUGGCUACAUGUCCACACCACCACCAGUAAAGGAAUAUCUACAAGAUAGAAUGGAGGAAACAAAAGAUAAAAUUACAGAGAAGAUGGAAGAAACAAAAGAUAAAAUUACAGAGAAGAUGGAGGAAACAAAAGAUAAAAUUACAGAGAAGAUACAAGAAACCAAAGAUAAAGUUUCAUUUAAAAAAAUAAAGGACUAGGAGGGAUGCUUAAUUUUUGGAUAUAUCAAAUUUAGCACUUUAACCUUUUGUGAGGCAGGAUAUACAAAGUGCACUUCUAAGCUUUUUUUUUCUUUUUUUUCUUUUCCCGUUGUCUGGAGACUACAAUUGCUCUGUGGAUUUAAAAAUUCUGUAUAUUCACCAAGGUUAAAGUUCCCUGGGGGAGAGUAGUUGUGACAAAAUUUCAAUUUACAGAAGGAAUAAUGAAUCACAAAUUAGAAGUUCAUGUGUCCGUUGGUAAUCGUGUUAACAGUUACUCUUCCCUCUUUUCUUCCCCCUGCCCCCCUCAAAAUGAAGAUGGUUUCUUUCAAAAGCCACUACUUUAUUCUUCUUCCAUCAUAGUGCACAGCCAUUAUUCCAUUAGACUGAAUCUUCCAUUAAAUGAGAAUGAAGAUUCCUCUGCUGGGAAAGGCAACAUAUUUUGCUUUUCAGAGUAUGUGGACCCAGGCCUCUUCAAUAGUGAUCAUCUCUCAACUUGGAGACAGACCAUUAUCAGUGAUACUGCACAUGAAGGAAUCAAUGGAUUAGCCAGUCAGUUGGAAUGAAUUGUAAUGGCUACACUAACUUCAGCUGAGCUGAGCUGUGAUAGUUUACAGGUUUGGACUAUGAAUCUUUCUUGGACAGUGUAUCUUUUCAGAAAUCUCAACUGAAAUCUAUGGGAAGAUGAGUUAAUCACAGUAGCCAUACUGUCAAGUGUACUUUGUUUCCUAAAGUUGAUUUACAGUAGAAAAAAGUUAUUAAAUGAAAUUAAUCAAUAAUUGUAUAUUAAAAACUAGGAUUUUUUAUUAUGUUGAAGUUUACAAAAGUGUUCCAUUUCAUUUUCAGAACAAAAAAAAUUCUGAAAGAGAAGUUUACUUGAGAAAUUGGUAUACCAAGGGGCUUUUUAAAUACAUGCAAAGUUAAGAGUUAAACCCAAAAGUUCCUCCUCCCAUUCAGGAAUCCCUCAGACUUUAGUAGAACAAUUUAACUAAAAUAAGCAUAAUUUCAGAGACAGAGAUCACCAUCUACCAAACUUUUUUUCCCCUGGAUUUUCUUAGGUCAAGCAAAUACUUAUUCAUAGCUGAAGGCUGAAAUGCUGUCUCAGAGAUGUCAUAAAGGACUAAAGUUCAAACUGUUCUUGACUGGGCAGGCAACCUUUCUCUCAUGGUUUUACUCAAAUGUAGGCUAAAUUGAAGUGUUCUUUUUUCCUAUUUCUAUUACAAAUCCCACUUUGUAGCUGUGCUCUGCAUGUGUAUCUUGUUUCAUAAAGGUGUUUUUUUGCAGGGGGAUAUGCAGAAGCAACAGAGUUGGGCCCCAAGCAUUGUAAAUUACUAGAAUAAAAGAAUAUGGCUGACAAAGUAUCAGCUCUGUCCCACUCUUAUGUGUUCAGUCAAGUCACUGAGAGCCUCGCCAUGUUUGAGUGAGUUGAACUUCAUUAACUUAAUUAUGCAGGAUUGAUUAUAUACUUCUCUGCCUCUGUCCACAUGUCAAAUCGUGACUGCAAUCUAUUGCCUACCUCACAGGGAUGUUGUGAGGAAUAAUCAUUGUAUAUACAUCUUCAGGGCACUGAAAAGUGCCAUGUUUUCUGAUAAAUAUUAUUAAAAAAUAAUUCUGUGAA